AUGAAGUUAUCCGCCCAUGUGUGGCACCAUCACAUGGCGGUUAAUGCCCAACCCUUUUAUCCCCUUCUCAGUUCCCACCAACCUAACUCAAUAGUCAAUCAAUACUACCAUUCUAUAAUUCUGACAUGCUUUUUUCUUCUUUUAUCAAUCAGAAACAUUUACUUGUCUCAUAAACCCAAAAUUUACAAACAGUUCUUCAAGUUCUUCACCAAAUUAGCAUGAACAAUUGAGACCCUUAAUCACAGUGAACAAAAUGGCUUCCACCCAUCUUCUUCAUGGUUCAAUUCUCAGCAUUUCUUUCAAUCCUACCAAAAGAAGUGAUUUUCCUACAUUUGGAAUUUAUGGGUUUAACAAAAAAUUCAAUCUUGGAAAGAACCCAUCUUUCAAAACAAUGUCUUGUCUUAACCAAUCAUCUGGUGGGAGAAGACAAAUAGAAAUAGUAUAUGACCCAGAAGAAAGACUGAACAAAUUAGCAGAUAAAGUAGAUAAGGAGGCUGGUCUUUCUAGGCUCACUCUUUUCUCACCUUGUAAGGUGAAUGUUUUUUUGAGAGUUACUGGAAAAAGGGAGGAUGGAUAUCAUGAUUUAGCAUCUUUGUUUCAUGUGAUAAGUUUGGGAGAUAAGAUUAAAUUCUCUUUGUCACCUUCAAAGUCUAAAGAUAGCCUAUCAACAAAUGUGCCAGGAGUUCCUCUUGAUGAUAGGAAUCUGAUAAUCAAAGCCCUAAAGCUGUAUCGGAAGAAGACCGGUAGCGACAAGUACUUUUGGAUUCAUCUAGAUAAGAAGGUUCCUACAGGAGCCGGGCUUGGAGGAGGAAGUAGCAAUGCUGCCACUGCACUUUGGGCAGCGAAUCAAUUUAGUGGUGGUAUUGCAACAGAGAAGGAGCUUCAAGAAUGGUCGGGGGAAAUAGGUUCCGAUAUUCCUUUCUUCUUUUCACGUGGAGCAGCAUUUUGUACUGGGAGGGGUGAGGUGGUUAAAGAUAUUCCACCACCCAUACCUAUGGACACUCCUAUGGUUCUGAUAAAGCCCCCUGAAGCAUGUUCUACUGCCCAAGUUUACAAGCGCCUUCGUUUGGAUCAAACUAGCAAGCUUGAUCCGCUAUCUUUGCUAGAGAAAAUGUCAAGUGAAGGGAUUUCUCAAGAUGCCUGUAUCAAUGAUUUGGAGUCUCCUGCAUUUGAAGUUCUACCAAGUUUACGAAGAUUGAAACAACGUAUUAUUGCCGCAAGCCGUGGGCAAUAUGAUGCCGUUUUUAUGUCUGGAAGUGGAAGCACUAUUGUUGGGAUUGGCUCUCCAGAUCCGCCACAAUUUUUAUAUGAUGAUGAAGCAUACAAGGAUGUUUUCUUAUCUGAGGCUACCUUCAUCACUCGAGAAGAGAACCAAUGGUAUUUAGAGCCUACAUCAAGUACUACUGGUUCUGUUGCUGAAUUUUCUCGGCCACUCAGUGAUGGAAUCACACAUUAAAUUGAUGCUGAGUUUUGAUGCUGAAAGGAUCAUCACAGGUGUUGAAUAGACGUUUCGAUAAAAUCGGUCAGUUAUCGGAGGAUCAUUUAGCACAACCCUUUUGAUUUGUGUAUCAUUUGAAAGAGGAAACUAAGGAAAAAAUCUAUAUAUUAUCAGCUGUUAUGGAUGAUGGGGAAUUUCAUACUGCUCAUAGUAUUUGGCCAAGUCUAAUACUUCUCCAUUGAUGGCUAAAUUAUAUUUUCAAGUCCAUUAUUUGAUUUAUGUAAAUGUCUCUGGAAAAUCAAUAUGAUUAUACAGAUGAUGUCAGUAUGUCGUCUUUUAUGUCCGUUGUUGGCUAUUUUAUUGAGACAGACUAAAAUGAAAAAUAGGGCAAAUCAGUUGGUUCUCGUUUACAAUGCUAUUCUAACUAGAAGUGAAUUUAAAUUUAGUAGAGGUAUAAGGUUUUUAAGUGUUCUGUUUUCUUUUCUUGUGGGUUUUUUUUCACAAAUUUAAUAGGAUAGAAAUAUAUAAAUGGAAUGAAAAUAUAAGUUAAAUACGUAGUUAUAUGAUUUAUGGAGUCCCAAGAGACAUCUAGUACUCUUUAAUUGGAACUUACCAAAUAAUGGGCUAUGAGUAUGCACUUGUGCCAUGGAGUAUUAAUGUAUUAUAUACAUUAGAAUCUUUAAAGCUCUGCAUUAUCAAAAUAUUUAAUUGCAAAGUAUAUACAUAGAUUAUAGGCAUAUGUUUUGUUCUCUAUCUUGACCGUUUU